AUGCUCCAGAAGCUGAAGAGGGGUGGGCCGCCGCCGCGCUCAGGCUCGCCGCGGUCGAGGCCGGAGCAGGGUGCGGAAGAGCGGCCCGCGCUAGAGCCACACCGCGCCGGGAAUGAGCCCACCGCCCCGCCGCCGCGCCUCCGCGCCGCCGCCGCCGCCGUCUCGGUUUCCAAGAUGGCUGUCGAGGGCGGCCUUUGGGCCGCUUCCGCUUCCGGGCCAGCUGUCCAUGCCACCCCUGAGCAGUCUCAUACGGAGAGGCUAGUGGAGCUUCCUGCCUCCUUCAGGGAGUUGCUCACCUUCUUCUGCACCAACACCACCAUCCACGGCACCAUCCGCUUGGUCUGCUCCAGCCCAAAUCGGCUCAAGAAAGUGUCCUGGGGGCUGCUGCUCCUCGGGACUCUGGGAGUGUUCUCCUGGCAGCUCGGGCUCCUGUUGGAGCAGUACUGGUGCUACCCAGUCAUCAUGGCAGUGUCUGUUCACUCAGAGAGCAAGAUCUUCCCAUCUGUCACUCUGUGCGACAUGAACCCACAACGGCCCCGCUCCCUCCGCUACCAUCUAGAAGCACUUGAUGCAUUUGCCCAGGAGAGUAUCUAUUCGCUCUACAAGUUCAACUUCAAGGAGGGCAGGGACACCCUUUUCACUAAUGUUCCUGGCCCUGAGCCUCCAUUCAAGCUGGACCGAGGAAUCCGCCUGCAGCGGCUGAGGCACCUGGGCAACCAGCACAAAGUGGGCUUCAAACUGUGUAACAGCACCGGUGGUGACUGCUUCUACCGCACCUACUCAUCAGGCGUGACAGCUGCCCAAGAGUGGUACCACUUCCACUACAUGGACAUCCUGGGGCUAAUGCCCACUGCUGGGGAGGACAGCCACCAAAGCCACUUUGUCUUGUCUUGUCGCUACGGCAGCAAGGACUGCCAGGCUAAGCACUUCCGGACGUUCCACCACCCCACCUAUGGCAGCUGCUACACUUUUGAGGGUGUCUGUGCCGCGCAGCACCCCGGCAUCACCCACAAGAUCAGCCUGGUGCUCAGGACAGAGCCCCAAGUGGGGUUCCCUCUGUUGUCUACGAAGGCGGACAUCAAGGUCAUGAUCCACGGACACAAUCACACUCCCUUCCUGGAGCACCGAGGGUUCAGCGUACGGCCUGGGACUGAGACCACCAUUGGCAUCCGAGAGGACGAGGUGCGGCGGCUUGGGAGCCCCUACAGCCGCUGCACCGACGGCUCGGAGGGCGUGGAUGUGCGGCUGCUCUACAACUCUUCCUACACUCGGCAGGCUUGCCUGGUGUCCUGCUUUCAGCAGCUGAUGGUGGAGAAUUGCUCCUGCGGCUACUUCCUGCACCCGUUGCCUGCAGGAGCCCAGUACUGUAGCCGAGCAAGGCACUCGGCCUGGGGUCACUGCUUCUACCGUCUGCACCAGGCCCUGGAAGACCACCGGCUGUCCUGUGACUCCCGCUGCCCCAGGCCCUGCAGGGAGACUUCAUACAAGCUCUCGGCUAGGACCUCCCGGUGGCCUUCAGCCAAGUCAGCUAACUGGAUCCUGGGUGUGCUGGGGGAGCAGACCCCACACCAGAGCCCGAGCCCCCGGAGCCACGUGGCCAAGGUGAACAUCUUGUACCAGGAGCUCAACUAUCGCAUGGUGGAUGAAGCACCUGUGUACUCGGUGCCCCAGCUGCUGUCCGCCACGGGGAGCCUCUGGAGCCUGUGGUUUGGCUCCUCUGUCCUCUCUGUGCUGGAGCUUCUGGAGCUGCUGCUGGAUGCCACGGCCCUGGCGCUGCUGCUGGGCUUCCGCUGGCUCUGUGGAGCACAGGUCUCCCAACGCGGAACCAGCACUGCAUCAGGGCCAGCCUGCAGCCACGCAGGGCCGGGGGCUGGCACCCUGAAGUCAGAGCCCCUGGGCACCCAGUGGGGGCUCUGGACAGCAUCUUCGUAG